AUGAUCAAAACAGAACUGAUUGAUUCGAAGAAAUAUAAUCCACAAAAUAUUAUAAGAGAUAUUUUAAGGAUUAUUCCAUGUAAUAACUGCUAUGCAAAGUCAUAUUUGACUCUUGCGAGACUCAUUUCUGAGGAUUAUCAAAUAACAGCCGUCAACAUUAUUCCAGGCAUUUCUAACUACAUGUUUUAUAAAGCAUACGGAAUUAAAUUAGACAUGUUUAAUGAUUUAAAUAGAAUUAAUUCAGAAAAUCGCAAUAUUCAUUCAGAAGAUACGAUUUACAGAGCAAUUAUGAAUAAUGACAAAGAAAGAUUCAUCUCAUUCACAGAAAGAGAAGGAUUUGAUAAAAAUCAAAAAAUUAAAAGCGAAUUAUAUCCAUAUUCUUUCGAAGGAUAUUCAUUACUUGAAUUAUGCUGUUAUCAUGGAGCUGUUGAAUGUUUUAAGUUUUUGAGAACGAAAUUUAACUCAGAAAUAACACAUACAUGUCUUGAAUUUUCAUUUUUAGGAGGAAAUCCAGAGAUCAUGAGCGAAUGUUUGAAAUAUCAAAAACCAACUGAAAAAUGCGUGGAAUAUGCAAUUAUUUCACACUACAUUGAUUUUGUGACAUUCUUGAUGAAUGAGCACAAUAUAAAGAUCAAUUUAUUUAAUUGUUGUUUGUAUAAUAAUCUGAAGUAUUUUUAG